CAAAACAGAACUGGUCCUUGAAAGCCGGAUGUAUCYAAUAAGAAGCAGAAAGUCAUGAGAUAUUUCUAAUACAAGGAGAAGAAACGACAUGGACAACGAUGGUGUAGAUGAUGAGACAUGUAAACUUUUAUCUGGAGUUGCCGAUCCUUCUAGAUCGACUUCAACAUCAACAAACUAUACGAAAGACCCCAUCGGUCUAGUAUCGAGGAUAUUUUGCUGUCGAAAUGUACUGGUGCUUUUGCAGUUUUUGGGCUUUGUUACUGUUUAUGGGAUGAGAGCAAACCUUAGUGUAGCUUUAGUAGCAAUGGUUAACCAGACAUAUGCCGAGCAAACUUCAGGACAUCGAMUCAUUGAGCCAGAAUGUAGAGUAAAACAUCGAAAUACGACCCAAGACGAUCACAAUGAAGAUGGUCCAUUUAAGUGGGAUCCAGUUGUUCAAGGUUAUAUCCUCAGUGCAUUUUUUUAUGGAUACAUUGCAACACAAGUACCAGGAGGUUGGCUCUCAACCAAGUUUGGAGGAAAAAAGGUUUUGGCAUAUGGGAUAUUCUUUACUGCUUGUUUCACUGGCYUGACACCAAUAGCAGCUAGAACAAAUGCUGCUUUUUUGAUUGCUGUGAGGGUUCUUGCAGGAUUAAGUGAGGGUGUAACAUAUCCUGCAGCAACAACUAUGUGGAGCAGGUGGGCCAGUCCACUAGAAAGAAGCACCUACAUUGUCCUUUGUUUUWCAGGUGGYGAUUUUGGUGCAAUUUCUGCCUUACCUUUAAGUGGAUGGCUUAGUUCUUUAACUUUUAUUGAUGAUGGCUGGCCAUUGGCAUUUUAUGUAUUUGGUGCUCUAGGGUUAAUAUGGUUCAUAGUUUGGAUGGCUGUUGUUCAUGAAAGUCCAGCAGUACAUCCAAGAAUCUCUCCAUGGGAAAAACAGCACAUUAUCACAGGAAUAGGAAACUCUCAAGAUAAAAUCAAUAAGAAAUAUCCAACUCCAUGGCAAUCUAUAUUUUCAUCUAUACCAGUAUGGGCAAUGUUUAUUGCAUCUUUCUCUUAUGGGUGGAGCUGGUAUGUCUUCUUGACAUGCUUGCCUUCAUUUUUCAAGGAGGUGUUGGACUUCAACAUCAAACAGAAUGGUGURUURACAGCACUACCCUUCAUAGCUUCAUGCAUAUCAAAGAAUUCCAUUGCAUUAUUUUCUGAUUGGCUGCAAAAGACGUUUGGAUUUUCUACAACUUUUGUSAGAAAGGYUUUUGGAAUCACAGGAAUUUUGUUAAGUGCAAGUCUACUAUUACCUGUUGGGUAUCUACAGUGUAGUCAAACAUUUCUCUGUGUUGCUCUUCUUACCCUGUCCUGUGGUGCAUUAGGAAUAUACACUACUACAGGCAGUACCAUAGCCCUGGACUUGUCACCAAGAUUUGCUGGUGUUGUCAUGGCAGUUAUUAACUUUGGGACCAAUGUUCCUGGAGUUUUAACACCAAUGGUUGUUGGCCAGUUGACAAAUCACAAACCUACAAGACAACAAUGGAAAAAGGCUUUUUAUAUCACUUGUGGAAUAAACCUGUUUGGAGUGCUAGUAUUGUUGAUAUUUGGAAGUGCAAAAGAACAACCCUGGAACUUUCCAAACAAGGAAGAAAGGGACAGUGAUGAAGAAAGGCUUGGUAAAGCUGUACGAGGCAGACAAGAAAUAUUCCCUAAAGACAAACAAUUUACAAGCCGGCAGUGUUAAAACUUGCCGGUUAUCAGCUGUAUUCUUGAAUUUAGUUCAUUAUUGUGUUUCAGCCUCUGGAAUGGAAUAAUUUAGCUAGUCUUUAAAAAAUAUUGUUUUUAGAGUGGUUUUCAUAAACCCGUGAAGCAAAGUGUAAUAGAUCGUAAUAGUCGCGUAGAGACAAUAAAAAACAAAAGAGCCAAAGUGUAAUAGCGAUAAAUACGCUAAAGUGUGUUUCACGGGUUAAUGAAAACCACUCUAAUUGUAUAAUAUUAAGUAGGAUAAAUCCUAUGUUGUGCAAUAGUUCCAAUCAAUUUUAAUUUAUAGGAUAGAAAAAAAAUGCUUUUUGAAUGGUAUCGAGUUUUGUAUUAUUUAUAUCAUGUAGUUUAUAAUAAUUGAAAUCGCAUUGCCUGUUAUUAAAAAGAAAGAUAAUUUAAAG